AGGGUGUGGGCGCGCUGGGUGCGGGACAAGGAAUAUACAGAGCUUAUAGAAAUCCAGAGUAUCUGAUAGAAUCCUAGGUGCGGGAGCAGGUGCGAAGGAUCCGCGCCCAGGAUGCCGGGUGUGCAUGGUGGUUUUGUGUGAGGCACGUUACCUCAGCAGCCUGUUGGGUCAGAUAGUGCGCAGGCAGCUGAGGUGUGCUCGUCUGUACUGUGAUGAAACCAAAGCUCGGAAGAGGCCACAGGGAGGGGGGAGAGAACUCAAAGACUGGAAAAUAGUGUUCUCACAUAACAACUGGGAUAAUGUUGUGUGGGAUGAGACUCAAGAAGCAGAGGCUAAAGCAAAAGUGCAAGUCAACUCUGAAGUAUUGCUGACGACUGAGGAGAUUGAGAAAUUGGAGCAAGAGGCGGCUGGCCAAUGGGAUGCUUUCUAUGGCAUCCAUCAAAACAGAUUCUUCAAAGACCGAAAUUGGUUGUUUACUGAGUUUCCUGAGUUGGCACCUCACCUGGCACACACCUUCCCUCAGAAACAGAACCCUGGAGAUGCAGCCUGCCCUCCUGCACCUCAAUCCCAGAACACUGCACUACUCAGUGAUGGGGAGGUGACAGAAAGUGAGAAACACAGAAAUAUAUUAGAAACCAGUAUUGAAAGAAUAUCACCUCCUCCACAAUCCUCAGAAUCCUCAAAUAUCACAGACAGAACCAGUCUUAACAGUGAUCCCUGUGAGAGCAUUGCGGAAUCACCACACACAUCUCAGGAAAAUAAUGCAACAGAUAGUUUUCCUGGCAAGGAUGCAACACUUCGUAUCCUUGAGGUUGGGUGUGGUGUUGGCAAUACUGUAUUCCCCAUACUGAAGACCAACAACAAAGAGGGUCUCUUUGUGUACUGCUGUGACUUCUCUAGUAUUGCUGUUGACAUUGUGAAGGAGUCUCCUGAUUAUGAUACAAAAAGGUGUCAUGCCUUUGUGUGUGACUUAUCCAGUGAGGAGUGGGAGACACCCUUCCCCAAAGGCAGCCUGGACAUCAUUGUGUGCAUAUUUGUAUUGUCUGCACUCCACCCUGACAAGUACCCACAGGUGAUCAGCAAGAUGGUGGAGUACCUACGGCCUGGUGGCUUGAUACUAUACCGUGACUAUGGCCGCUAUGACAUGGCUCAGCUGCGCUUUAAGAAGGGACGCUGCCUUGCUGACAACUUCUACAUGCGAGGAGAUGGCACAAGAUGUUAUUUCAUCACCCAAGAUGAAGUGAGGGAGCUGAUGACCCAAGCUGGUCUGGAGGAGGUGCAGAAUUUGGUGGACCGUCGGCUACAGGUCAACCGAGGCAAGCAGCUCACCAUGUACCGGGUGUGGGUGCAGGCCAAAUAUCGUAAACCUGCUCACCCUUGAUGAUCCUGCUGGUGUGGCAAGCUGAGUGGUUGUAAUUGCUGGAGCACAUUCAUCCCUGUUGCUUUGGGGAAUGAGGUGCUUCUUGUUACUCAGUGUGUGCAAGGUGAGUAUGGUAGGAUGUCAUCAAUGCGAAUGUCACUGAAUCAUUGCAUAUUUUUCUGCUCUUUUCACUGUUUAACUUAAACUUAUUUUCACUAUUUAAUUGAUCUGUGAAUAUUUCUUGUGUAUAUGGUGCUCAUUUACUUUACAUAUUAUGAUUGAAGCCAAAAGUGAAGGAAAGAUUGAGAAACGAAGAAUGUUGCAUAAAAAUGGUAAGAAGUGAAUCUUAAUAAAAGAAAUCAUAUGAAGUCUAUAAGUCUGAGUUUCUUAACAUAAUUCUGAAAGGACUUCUAAGUAUUAAAAAUAAAUGUCUAGUUUCCUUUUUUAUACAGAAGAAAAUAAAUUGUGCAAAGUGUAGAUAUUUUAAUAAAUAAAAUGUUGACUUGUUUUC